GGGUGUACCCAGCCCCGUAGAGUGGCAGCCAUGUCCGUAGCAGCCAGGGUGGCACAAGAAGUGGGCGUCAAGCUGGGCAACGAGGUAGGCUACAGUAUCCGUUUUGAGGACUGUACGUCGGAGAGGACAGUACUCAAAUACAUGACUGACGGAAUGCUGCUCAGGGAGUUCCUCACAGAGCCUGAUCUGGCCAGCUACAGUGUGGUCAUCAUUGACGAGGCUCACGAGCGGACGCUGCACACAGACAUCCUGUUUGGCCUGAUCAAGGACAUCGCCCGGUUCCGUCCGGACCUGAAGGUGCUGGUGGCCAGCGCCACCCUGGACACAGAGCGCUUCUCCUGCUUCUUCGAUGACGCCCCUGUCUUCAGAAUCCCCGGCAGGAGGUUCCCUGUGGACAUCUUUUACACUAAGGCUCCUGAGGCAGACUACCUGGAGGCCUGUGUUGUGUCGGUGCUACAGAUCCACGUCACACAGCCCCCCGGAGACUGUCUGGUCUUCCUCACUGGACAGGAGGAGAUUGAGACUUGCUGUGAGCUGCUGCAGGAGAGAUGCAGGCGUCUGGGCUCUAAGAUAUCUGAGCUUUUGGUGCUUCCCAUCUACGCCAACCUACCUUCCGACAUGCAGGCCAAGAUCUUCAGCCCCACACCACCUGGCUCACGCAAGGUGGUGGUGGCCACUAACAUUGCAGAGACCUCUCUAACCAUCGAUGGGAUCAUAUACGUCAUAGAUCCAGGCUUCUGCAAGCAGAAGAGCUAUAACGCCCGCACUGGGAUGGAGUCUCUGAUUGUCACGCCUUGCUCACGGGCCUCAGCCAAUCAGCGAGCAGGUCGUGCAGGCAGAGUGGCUGCUGGGAAGUGUUUCCGUCUCUACACUGCGUGGGCGUUUAAACACGAGAUGGAGGAGUCCACCGUGCCCGAGAUCCAGCGAACCAACCUGGGCAACGUAGUGCUACUGCUCAAGAGCUUGGGAAUUAAUGACCUUAUCCACUUUGACUUCAUGGACCCGCCCCCUCACGAGACCCUGGUGCUAGCUCUGGAGCAGCUGUACGCACUGGGUGCACUCAACCACCUCGGAGAGCUCACCAAGUUGGGCCGCAGGAUGGCUGAGCUGCCGGUGGACCCUAUGCUGAGCAAGAUGAUCCUGGCCUUCAAACAGUAUAAGUGUUCUGAGGAGGUGUUGACCAUCGCUGCUAUGCUGUCUGUGAACAACUCCAUCUUCUACCGGCCCAAAGACAAGGUGGUUCACGCUGACAACGCCAGGCAGAACUUUGUGGUCCCCGGAGGAGACCAUAUGGUGCUGCUCAACGUCUACACACAGUGGCUGGAGAGUGGCUACUCCACCCAGUGGUGCUAUGAGAACUUCAUCCAGUUCCGCUCCAUGAAGCGGGCGCGGGAUGUCAGGGAGCAGCUGGAGGGCCUGAUGGACAGGAUCGAGGUGGAGGUGUGCAGCUCAGGCGGCGACAUUGUGCCCAUCCGCAAGGUCGGUGUGACUGAACGCACCUUAACCUCAUGACAAUGAACACACUA